CAAGCAACAAGCAACCAGCGAGGAAAAUGUUCUCCCCAAAUAAUACAAACUAUUUUGUUGACAACUCUUCAACUCUCUGUGAUUUUCUGAUGUUUCCCAGUGAAUCGUUGACUAUGGAGGCCGUUCCCUUAGCUGCAACCAAAUCGAUGGAGAAGACCAAGAGAUCUCGCACCGCCUUCACCAGCCAUCAGCUGCUCGAGUUGGAGCGCGAGUUCCAUUUGAAUAAAUAUAUGUCACGGACACGCCGCAUUGAGAUUUCCCAGCGACUGAGUCUGACCGAAAGACAGGUGAAGAUCUGGUUCCAGAAUCGUCGCAUGAAGAGCAAGAAGUUGGCUAAUAAGCAGGUGACCAAGGGUGUUCUGGCCCCCACAAAGUUGUGCAACAUGCAACAAAGUGACGAUCUUUUGGAGCACGAACACAUUGUGGAACGUCUGCUGCAAUAUGUGAACACAAAUGUUGAGAGUGUGCCACAACAACAUCCUGCUGCAGUACCCCAACAGCUAGUGCCUCCCACUGACGUGCCCCUGCAACAAGGCCACAUAACGCCACCCUAUCAGGCGUAUGACUACCUUCAGGAGUUCUGUCCUGCAGCCCUGCCGAUCGCAGAGAUUCCCAUCCACCAAAUGGAGCCACCACUCAAUCAAAAUUGGCCCAGCAAUUGGUUUGUGCCAGAGUCAACUUUUGGCAGCGCUCAAGAUCUGCAGAUGCCCAGCUCCGAUGCUUACGCCCAGGGUCAGUUUAUGGCACAAAACCUGGGCUGGGACUCAAAUAGUUCCUCUUCUGGGGAGUCCUUGGAGGUGGACUUUGAUUUCAUACAGAACUUAAUCGACUUUUAAGACACAUUUGUAUAUACAUAUAUAUAUGUAUAUAUAUAUAUAUAUAAUUUUUUUUGCUUAUUUAAGUUGUACAUAAAUAUUUAUAAUAGACCAGGCCAAAAAGUAAGGAGGGGUGAAAUUGCAUUAAGAUUUAUAAUAAAAU